AUGGCGUACCGUUCAAUGGAGGCAAAAGUCAUAGAAACGAUAAAAUUUAGCUGUUUACCUUCGUAUCCGGACGCUAUAUCGUGGUCGCUUGAUGAUAGGGUGUCUAUAAUCACCGAUAAAUGUGUUUAUAUAUUGACACUUACUUUAUCUCCAACAAGAUUUGGUGUAGAUCCCAAAAAGACAAAUAUUCCUGGUUGUCAGAAAAACAGGGAAUUUAAUGUGGGUAUUGAUAAGAAACAACUCAGCAAUGUGGAAUCAAUAGAGUGGCGUUUGGAUCCCAAAGUUAAUCAGUCAAUCCUUGCUUGUAGCUCUAAUGGCUUUCUCAAGGUUGCAUGGUCACCACUUAACUGUGAGGAAAAUGGCAGAUGCAUCAUAGCAGCACUCUUCUCAGAAUAUCAGCUGUGUAUUUACUUGUCUCCAGUGCUUGGUACGAAAUGGAAGGAAGCUAUUGAUAUAUCUCAAGAAUUUUCAGGUUAUCUUGCAAAGAACAGUAAUGAAUUGGGUCAAGAUGUGAUGCAGAAAACAGAUUGGCAGAAUGUUUCCAGGUCGGGUACAAAAAACUGUGGGUCACACAAGAAUCAGUAUUCUGUCUUCAAGCAACGUACUGAAAUCCUUGCCUUCACUUGUUUGCAUUGGUUUUCUCAACUUUAUCAGAGCAGAGAAGAUGUUUCCUUAAAUAACCCAGAAGGGAUAAUCAAUGAUAAAAAGUUUGCAGUUUUGGGUGUUGGUAAUCGAAGUGGUGCUGUGAUGUUUUGGAAAGUGAUGGUACCUGUUAAAGUUGACAAGGCAAUAGUUCAACUGGGUGGAAUCCUGAACACUGGACAGUCAUGGCCUAGUUCCUUGUCAUGGAAAGAAACAAACCUAAACCAAGGGUUGUUGGCUGUUGGGAGUACAGAUGGUCUUAUUAAGAUUUUCAGUCUCAAACUGUUGCCAUCAAUCAGUGGAAUUGCAGAGUAUGUGUUGUGGGGAGACAAGGAUGACAUGCAAGUCCUGUACUUGGACUGGCUUCAUUCAUGGCAGGCAUGUGAUGAUCUUCAUUAUUUGGUGGCAUGUAAAGGUUCAUCAGUUAUUGUAUUUUCAGUUGUGGCAAAGAAUGAUAUACUAACACAAAAGCCAAGCUAUAAAAUAAUACAAGGCAUUCACAAAAUGCCAAUCACAGGGCUAGCUUGUACACAAAAUGGCACUAUCCACACUUGCAGUCUGGAUGGAUCAGUUCAGACCACGUCAGUUGACAGUGCAAUAGCGAGUGCUGUGAGUUGUGCUGUAAAGAAAGGAUUCACGUGCUCUGGCAUAGGAGUGUCCGCUAAUGGUGUCUUCAUUGCCUUAUUUCUUUCUCCGUCAAAUCACACACAGCAAUAUCUGGAAUCUCACCAGAUUCAUAUUCGCUUUGUAAACAUUGUGUGGGGAUCAAAUUCAGUGGAACGUCUACUGAACAGUAACGAAGUUCAACUGGAUAGAAAGUGGGAUGUGUGUAAAGCUAUUCAACACAACAUGUAUUACAGCAAAAAACUACCAGAACCACUUCAACUAGUUAGCACUGGUGCUAUGGAGGGCUCUUCGUUUGCUGUGUUGGCGAUCAUGCAAUACGCGCUGACUGUUAUGAGGGUGAUAUCACAGCAACAGGAGGAUGAUCUAGCUGGCAAUCAAGUACAGCAGCUGAAGUGGGCAGCUCAGCUUGAAUGGAUUAGAGACUACAUCUACAAACGCUUAGUUUCUGCUAGACUAAACAGUUGGUUAGAAGGAAGGAAAGCAGGAACUGUUAGUCCUCUAGAUUCGGUUCCAGCACUGAUAAUGUGCGACUGGUUGGUGACUAAAGGUAUUGACUCUGCUGUCACUGAUAUGGUUACUCAGGGGUACGAAGCCUGUAAUGAUAUAGAAGGUUUGAAGAAGGUCUUAUCACACACUGUUAAAAGCCAGGAAAAUGGCAAAGAAAGCUCUUCUGGUUUGCUGCUUCAAACUGGAAAAGCCACAGAGAACCAGUCUGUUAUCUUUCAAAGUAACGCGAAGGCUGUAAAGUCACAAGUAAAUGACAAAGAUCGAACCUUAGCUGGUGUCACAGACGAAUCUUUUACCUUACUCACAAGAGAGCAAUGUCCAUUAUGCCAAACUGCUAUUGCUGUUGAAAGCUUGGAGUACGGAAUAUGCCUAAGUGGCCACCGCUGGCCGCGUUGCUGUGUGUCCUUUGUCAUUUGUGCUGAAUUAACACUCAGACGUUGCCAAGAUUGCAAUCGCUGUGUUUCAACCCCGAGUCCUGGAUCAUCUCCCUGGUUGCGAAGCUUAUUGAAAAUGACGAAGUGUCCUUUUUGUUUAGGCUUCUUUCAUUAGUGUUUUUCCUUCAGUUGACUCACAAUUUUGUUAGAAAGGAAAGAGUUUCAUACAUGAAAUACAGUGGAGUUACAACAGCAAGAGGCAGAUAUUGGCCACCAACGGACACUUAAAAAACUUGUAUCCUACCCGUCUGUUUUCACAAGAGUACGUGAGCUAACCUGCUUAUCAGGAGAUGAAACAAAUCACCGAAAUAAAGUAAUAAAAUGGUG